CACGAACGAAAGAUGUCGAAUGGCUACUCUGCAGACAAGAGUUUCUGCUAUCUCAUCUCGUGUUUCAGGGCCAGACUGAAAACGUACAUCCAGGUGGAGCCGGUACUGGACUACCUGAACUUUCUGCCCGAUGAGGUGAAGGAGCAGAUUCAGAGGACGGCCAUCAACGCUGGGAGCAUGCAGGCAGCUGAUCAACUUCUGAGCACUUUGGAGAAGGGAGGCUGGCCCCCUGGCUGGACCAGACAAUUUCUGGUGGCUCUUCAGAGAGCAGGCAGCGUUUUAGCCGCCCGCUACCUGAACCCAGAGCUCACCGACUUGCCCUCUCCAUCCUCUGAGAACGUUCAUGACGAGUGUCUCCAACUAAUGAACCUCCUCCAGCCCACCCUGGUGGACAAACUUCUGGUUAGAGAUAUCUUGGAUAAGUGUGUGGAGAAGGAACUCUUGACAAACGAAGACAGAAAUCGGAUUUCUGCUGCAGAAAGCAAUGGAAAUGAAUCAGGUGUAAGAGAGCUACUGAAAAGGAUUGUGCAGAAAGAAAACUGGUUUUCUGCAUUUCUGAUUGUUCUGCAUCAAACGGAAAACCACGCCCUUAUCCAAGAGCUAACAGGCACCCCUUGCUUUGAAAGCAAUGCAGAGACUGAGAACUUAUCCCAAGAAGGUGGCCCUGACAUUCAAGAGGCAGUUCUUUUAGCCACAGGUCAGCCAGGUCCAGAGAGAGAGGGCUGGGACAAGGAGAGUGAUUCGCUGGAAUCGUCUUUGGUAGAGUCUUCUGCUGUUUCAGAAUCAGACACAAGUUUGGCAGAAGGAAGUGUCAGCUGCUUAGAUGAAAGUCUUGGACAUAACAGCAACAUGGGCAGUGAUUCAGGCACCAUGGGAAGUGAUUCAGAUGAAGAGAAUGUGGCAGAAAGAGCAUCUCCUGAGCCAGAACUGCAUGUCAGGCCUUACCAAAUGGAAGUCGCCCAACCAGCCUUGGAGGGGAAAAAUAUCAUUAUAUGCCUCCCUACAGGAAGUGGGAAAACCAGAGUGGCUGUUUACAUUGCCAAGGAUCACUUGGACAAAAAGAAAAAAGCAUCUGAACCUGGAAAAGUUAUAGUCCUUGUCAAUAAGGUGCCACUAGUUGAACAGCUCUUCCGCAAAGAGUUUGAACCAUUUUUGAAGAAAUGGUAUCAUACAAUUGGAUUAAGUGGAGAUACCCAAUUAAAAAUAUCAUUUCCAGAAGUUGUCAAAACCUACGAUGUUAUCAUCAGUACAGCUCAAAUCCUUGAAAACUCCCUUUUAAAUUCAGAAAAAGGAGAUGAUGGUGUCCAGCUUUCAGACUUUUCCCUCAUCGUCAUUGAUGAAUGCCAUCACACCAACAAAGAAGCAGUCUAUAAUAACAUCAUGAGGCGUUACUUGAAACAGAAGUUGAAAAACAAUAAACUCAAGAAAGAGUGCAAACCAGUAAUUCCUCUACCUCAGAUACUAGGACUAACAGCUUCACCAGGUGUUGGAGGAGCCAAAAGGCAAGCUGAAGCCAAGGAACACAUUUUAAAAAUAUGUGCCAAUCUCGAUGCAUGUACCAUUAAAACUGUGAAAGAAAAUAUUGAUCAACUCAAAGACCAAAUAAAAGAGCCAUGCAAAAAGUUUGCAAUUGCAGAUGACACCAGAGAAGAUCCAUUUAAAGACAAACUUUUAGAAAUAAUGAACAAGAUUCAAAGUUUUUGCCAAAUGAGUCCAAUGUCGGAUUUUGGAACUCAACCCUAUGAACAAUGGACCACUCAAAUGGAAAAAAAAGCUGCACGAGAAGGAAAUCGCAAAGAACGUGUUUGUGCAGAGCAUUUGAGGAAGUACAAUGAGGCCCUACAAAUUAAUGAUACAAUUCGAACAAUUGAUGCAUAUAAUCACCUUGAAGCUUUCUAUAAUGAUGAGAAAGAGAAGAAGUAUGCGGUCCAAGAAGAUGAUAGUGAUGAGAGUGGUGAGGAUGGUGAUGGUGAUGGUGAUGAAGAUGAAGACGAUGAAAAGAAACCUUUGAGCCUGGAUAAGACAGAUAGAUUUCUCAUGGAUUUAUUUUUUGAAAACAGGAGACUGUUGAAAAAGCUGGCUGCAAACCCAAAACAUGAAAAUGAAAAGCUGACCAAAUUAAGAAACACCAUAAUGGAACAAUAUACAAGGACUGAGGAAUCGGCCCGAGGAAUAAUUUUCACAAAAACAAGACAGAGUGCAUAUGCCCUUUCCCAGUGGAUUACUGAAAAUAAAAAAUUUGCAGAAGUAGGAGUCAAAGCCCAUCAUCUGAUUGGAGCUGGACACAGCAGUGAGUUCAAGCCCAUGACACAGAAUGAACAAAAAGAAGUCAUUAGUAAAUUCCGCACAGGAAAAAUAAAUCUGCUUAUCGCUACCACAGUGGCAGAAGAAGGUCUGGAUAUUAAAGAAUGUAAUAUCGUUAUUCGUUAUGGUCUCGUCACUAACGAAAUAGCCAUGGUCCAGGCCCGUGGUCGAGCCAGAGCUGAUGAGAGCACCUAUGUCCUGGUUGCCCACAGUAACUCAGGAGUUAUUGAACGUGAGAUAGUUAAUGAUUUCCGAGAGAAAAUGAUGUAUAAAGCUAUAGACCAUGUUCAAAAUAUGAACCCAGAGGAGUAUGCUCGUAAGAUUUUGGAAUUACAGAUGCAAAGUAUAAUGGAAAAGAAAAUGAAAAUCAAGAGAAGUAUUGCAAAGUACUACAAGGAAAACCCAUCAUUAAUAAAUUUCCUCUGCAAAAACUGCAGUGUGCUAGCCUGCUCUGGAGAAGAUAUCCACGUUAUCGAGAAGAUGCACCACGUCAACAUGACACCAGUGUUCAAGGAAUUCUACAUUGUGAGAGAAAACAAAGCACUACGAAAGAAAUUUGCAGACUAUCAAACAAAUGGCGAGAUUAUCUGCAAAAAAUGUGGCCAAGCUUGGGGGACGAUGAUGGUGCACAAAGGCUUAGAUUUGCCUUGUCUCAAAAUAAGGAAUUUUGUAGUGGUUUUCAAAAAUAAUACGCCAAAGAAACAAUACAAAAAGUGGGUAGAAUUACCUAUUACAUUUCCCGAUCUUGACUAUUCACAAUAUUGUUUGUGUAGUGAUGAGGAUUGACAUUUGAUUUGAGAACCUUUAAAAAUAUUAUCAACUUAACAUUUAAUAUGAUACUGAUUAAUAUUUUUACUAUACUCCAGAACUGAUGUGAGGAUUAAUAAAAUCAUUGCUUUACUUUCCGUUGAGCUGCAUGAAGGAAGAUAAUAUAAUAUGCUUUCAAGAAUCUAUCUUGUUGGUGGGCAGGGGUAAAGAAUACUCACCAAUAAUAAUUAGUGUGGAGCAUUACGGUAUGUGGAAAGAAUGCUGGAGUAUAAAUGAGGAUCCAAGGUAUCGCUAUCAGUCCUGUCACCCAUCUUCAAAAUAAAAUUAACCAAAUCAGUUCAUCUUUUUGAACCAGUGUC